UAUUUCCCUGUAUUACUGAGCUUAGACUCUUCUUAACAUAGCUUGAAGUGUUGAGUUUGAGAGUUGAGUUGUACUGAAUUUAUUUAGCUAUGUUUUCGAAUUUUUAAAAGCCGAAUUUUUGUGUUUAUUUUUUUUAAUUUGAAGAACUUUACCCCGGAAGAAAAUAUCACCAUACUAAGUUUUUAUUUUUGUUAACAAAGCUAACUAAAUUUAUUAUAAUAUCGAUGUAUUUGAUUUAUUUAACCAUAUUUUUCUAUUUUUUAAAAUUCUAAUGUUUUUCUUUCUUUUUUUUUUUAUUUUAAUUUGUUGAACUUUACCCCGGAAGAAAAUAGCAUCUUCGGCUCUGUCCUUCUCUGACAAGUGAUAACAAACAUGGCGAGCAGAAGAUUGACGGUGUUCGUAUUCGGAGGCUUUGCAGCUGCUGUAGCAGCGGUGUUUUAUCCUAUAUUUUUUCAUCCUCUUAUUCACACAGAUGAUUACAAACAAAUCCAGAAGGUUAACCGAGCUGGAAUCAACCAAGCAGAUGUUCAGCCUGUUGGUGUGAAGAUCUGGUCGGAUCCAUUUAAACCGAAAUCGUGAUGUGACUGAUGCUGAAAGCAGACAGGAGAGGAGGUUCAUGAGCAAGUGUUUGGAUUUCAGGUGUUUGACACAGAUUAAAGACUCACAGACUGGUCCAAGCAAACACUCCUCUCCUGAGCGAGUGAGUGAGUGUGUGUGUGUGUGUGUGUGUGUGAAUAAGAGAAAGAAACCUUACGUCACUGUUUAGUAUGUCCUCUGCUGUAAUGUUUCUGAUUCAGCUCUUAUACAGGGCUUGAUGGUUGGCCUUUAAGCUGAAACAGGAGUGUUAGAGCAGGAGGAACUGGCUGUACAGACUGUCACUACUUUGAUACUUUAUCCUAUGAAUAAAGUUUUAUAAGAAAGUUGUUUCAAAUGGGUACAA